UAAGAUACGUGGCUCAACGCGCGCUGGGGGAGGGGAAGCUCCGGGUCAAGGAGCAAACCCGGCACAAGAUGGCGGCGGUGGCGGCAGUGGAGGCGCGUAGGAGGCGGUCUUGGACCGCUUUGGUACUGGCCUGUUUAGGGGUCUGUCUGGGAAUUACCUUCGCUGUGGAUAGAAGCAACUUCAAGACCUGUGAUGAGAGUUCCUUCUGCAAGAGGCAGCGAAGCAUACGGCCAGGCCAUUCUCCCUACCAAGCCUUACUGGACUCUCUGCAGCUUGGUCCUGAUGCCCUGACAGUCCAUCUGAUCAACGAAGUCACCAAGGUGGUGCUGGUUCUGGAGCUCCAAGGACUUCAAAAGAACAUGACUCGCAUCAGGAUCGAUGAACUCGAGCCUCGGCGGCCCCGAUACCGUGUGCCAGAUGUGCUGGUGGCUGAUCCCCCCACAGCUGGGCUGUCUAUCUCUGGCCGGGAUGACAACAGCGUGGAGCUCACCAUCGCUGAGGGUCCCUAUAAAAUCAUCUUGACGGCACGGCCGUUCCGCCUUGACCUACUGGAGGACCGCAGCCUUCUGCUCAGUGUCAACGCCCGAGGACUCUUAAAUGUAGAGCACCAGAGGACCCCCAGGGUCUCUUUCUCGGAUAAAGUUAGUGUCACGCUCGGUAGCAUUUGGGAUAGGAUCAAGAACGUUUUCUCUAGGCAAGGAUCAAAAGAGCCAGCUGAGGGCGAUGGGGCCCAGCCUGAGGAAACGCCUGGGGAUGACGACAAGCCAGACGAGACCCAGGGGAAGCCAGAGCAUGAUGAGCCAGGAGCCUGGGAAGAGACGUUCAAAACUCACUCUGACAGCAAGCCUUAUGGCCCCAUGUCUGUGAGUUUGGACUUCUCUCUGCCAGGCAUGGAGCAUGUGUAUGGGAUCCCCGAGCAUGCAGACAACCUCAGGCUGAAAGUCACCGAGGGUGGGGAGCCGUAUCGCCUCUACAAUUUGGACGUGUUCCAGUAUGAGCUCUACAACCGCAUGGCCCUGUAUGGGUCUGUCCCCGUGCUCCUGGCACACAGCCCCCUUCGGGACCUAGGCAUCUUCUGGCUCAACGCUGCAGAGACCUGGGUUGACAUAUCCUCCAACACUGCUGGGAAGACCCUGUUUGGGAAGAUGCUGGACUACCUGCAGGGCUCUGGGGAGACUCCACAGACUGACGUUCGCUGGAUGUCUGAGAGCGGCAUCAUCGAUGUCUUCCUGAUGCUCGGGCCCUCUGUCUUUGAUGUCUUCCGGCAGUACGCUAGUCUCACAGGGACCCAGGCAUUGCCCCCGCUCUUCUCCCUCGGCUACCACCAGAGCCGCUGGAACUAUCGGGAUGAGGCUGACGUUCUGGAAGUGGAUCAGGGCUUCGAUGAUCACAACCUGCCUUGCGAUGUCAUCUGGCUGGACAUUGAGCAUGCCGACGGCAAGCGGUAUUUCACUUGGGACCCCAGCCGUUUCCCUCAGCCCCGCAAUAUGCUUGAGCAUUUGGCCUCCAAAAGACGGAAGCUGGUGGCCAUUGUGGACCCCCACAUCAAGGUGGACUCUGGUUACCGCGUACAUGAAGAGUUGCAGAACCUGGGUCUAUACGUUAAAACCCGGGAUGGCUCUGACUACGAAGGCUGGUGCUGGCCAGGCGCAGCUGGUUACCCUGAUUUCACCAAUCCCAAGAUGAGGGCCUGGUGGGCUAACAUGUUUCACUUUGACAAUUACGAGGGCUCAGCUCCCAACCUCUAUGUCUGGAAUGACAUGAACGAACCGUCUGUGUUCAACGGUCCUGAGGUCACCAUGCUCAAGGAUGCCCAGCACUAUGGGGGCUGGGAGCACCGAGACGUACAUAACAUCUACGGCCUCUAUGUGCACAUGGCGACCGCAGAUGGCCUGGUGCUGCGCUCCAGGGGCAUCGAACGCCCCUUUGUCCUGAGCAGGGCUUUCUUUGCUGGCUCCCAGCGCUUCGGAGCCGUGUGGACUGGGGACAAUGCUGCUGAAUGGGACCACAUGAAGAUCUCCAUUCCUAUGUGUCUCAGCUUGGGGCUGGUGGGACUUUCCUUCUGUGGAGCGGAUGUGGGCGGCUUCUUCAAAAAUCCAGAGCCAGAGCUGCUUGUGCGCUGGUACCAGAUGGGUGCCUACCAGCCAUUCUUCCGGGCUCAUGCCCACUUGGACACUGGUCGGCGAGAACCGUGGCUGUUACCGUCUCAGUACCACGACAUAAUUCGAGAUGCCCUGGGCCAGCGAUACUCCUUACUGCCUUUCUGGUACACCCUCUUCUAUCAAUCCCAUCGCGAGGGGAUCCCGGUCAUGAGGCCCCUGUGGGUGCAUUAUCCUAAGGAUGUGACCACUUUCAGUAUAGAUGAUCAGUUCCUGCUUGGGGAUGCAUUGCUGGUUCACCCUGUAUCAGACUCUGAGGCUCACGGUGUGCAGGUCUAUCUGCCUGGCCAAGGAGAGGUAUGGUAUGAUGUUCAGAGCUACCAGAAGUAUCACGGUCCGCAGACCCUGUACCUGCCUGUAACUCUAAGCAGCAUCCCUGUGUUCCAGCGUGGAGGGACCAUCGUGCCCCGGUGGAUGCGAGUGCGGCGUUCUUCAGACUGCAUGAAGGACGACCCCAUCACUCUCUUCGUUGCACUCAGCCUCCAGGGUACGGCCCAAGGAGAGCUCUUCCUAGACGAUGGGCACACGUUCAACUAUCAGACUCGCCAUGAGUUCCUGCUGCGUCGGUUCUCGUUCUCCGGCAACACCCUGGUCUCCAGCUCCGCAGACCCCAAAGGCCACUUUGAGACACCAAUCUGGAUUGAGCGGGUGGUGAUAAUAGGGGCCGGAAAGCCAGCAACCGUUGUACUCCAGACAAAAGGAUCUCCUGAAAGCCGCCUGUCCUUCCAGCAUGACCCUGAGACCUCGGUGUUGAUCCUGCGCAAGCCUGGCGUCAAUGUGGCAUCUGACUGGACUAUUCACCUGCGAUAACUGAAGGGAUGUUGGGGUGGGGUGUGAUGGUCAUGAUAGUUACUCUUCUUUCUGCCCUGGAGUUUGACCUUCCCCAGACUUCACCUUUCUUAUCUCAAGAUCCAGGUUUCUGCCAGCAUCUGGGCAGGAUGAGAGGGCUCUCCCUGGGUCUGAAUUUCUUUUGUGAUCUCCCGACCUCUCCCACCCCACUGACACUAAAUCUCCCAUCAUCUCCAAAUAUCCUGUUGCUCUAACUGGAGCACAUUCACCUGUGAAGACCUGGGGAUCACAGGGCUCUUGCUGCCCUUCGCCUUCUUUUGGGAGCCCUCAGUCUCCUCCACACCCUCUCCAUUUGUUUCCCUUGCGUGUCGAUGCCAUUUCUUGGAAGAAGAUGACGGCAGUGAGCUUUCGGCCUCCUCUUCUCCUUCCUUCCCCACCAGACUGCUCCUUCCUCCUUUUAUUUCUUCCUUCUUGUUCUUCUCUGUUAUCAGCCCUCCCCUGAUACACUGGGACCACCCCUUACCCUGAGAAGGGAUGAAUGGAUCAAAGGAGUGAGGUUGCUGGAAAUCAUUCUCUUCCCUGGCAUCCCAACCUUUCCUCUCUCCGCUUCUAUCUAGAGCUGCUGCGGUUCUGACAGGGGCGUUCUGUCUCCCCUGUCCCUUGGGGGAAAGAAGUUUACAACACUCCUCAAGAUGGGGGUGGGCAAGACUUCUUUUGCCUCCUAAAAUUUUGUCCCCUUGAGGGGCAUUCAAGAUGGAGAAAUCACUUGUGGUUUCAUGGAAUCACGGUCACCUGUAUUUAUUGCUAGGAGGAGGCCGAGGGUGGGGGGACAUGAUCAUGUGUGCCCAGGGCUGACCUAAGGCCCUGGGUGGUGGGUGGGGAAGAACUCACUGGGGACAAGGGGUGGGGAUAUUUGUGGGAAUUUUUUUUUACUUCCUUUUGGCCCCCAGCUGUGACAGGUUUUGAUAAAAGGAGAAACAAUAAAGAGAGAAACCAUUAA